CAAAAUUGUCAUCCUCCCCAAAAGCUUCCCCCAUUGAAAAAAAGAGUAUCUUUUAUCACCCACCUUCUUACUGCACUCCCACAGUCGCACCCACCCACAGUGCUAAUAAUUAUUUGGAAUCGUCAAUCCCUUUCCCGGCCUCCAGGCUCCACUCUGUGUGCGCUAGACCGACGACAUUCGACACCAACAAACCAACCCAGAUCCUAGCUCCGUCUCACAUUUUUAAUCCUUGACCCUGAGUAGAAUAAUAGUAGUAGUGAUAUUUUUUCUUGGCAUGGAGACAAAUAAGCCACAGCAGAAGAAGAAGAAGUGGUUUCUUGCGUUAGGCAUCACUCUUCUACUGUCUACCUUGCUUGUAUUCAUUACUGUUUUUACCUCCUUCAACCCAUCCUGGCGCUUCUACCACCAAACCAACGUCAAGAACCAGGUUCCAUCCUUCGUGGAAUCGAAGUUGCGUGUCUCUUCUGGUAAUUCUAAAGAUUCGGUUCCGAGGCUGGCGUACUUAAUCUCCGGGUCGAGGGGUGACGGGGAGAGCUUGAAGAGGACGCUCAAGGCUCUGUACCAUCCGAGGAACCAGUACGCGGUGCACUUGGACCUGGAGGCCUCGGCCGAGGAACGGCUGGUGCUGGCUAGCUUUCUGAGGAACGAGCCGCUGUUUAAGGGGUUCGGGAACGUGAGGAUGGUUGUUAGAGCGAAUUUGGUUACGUAUCGGGGGCCCACGAUGGUGAGCAAUACGCUUCACGCGGCGGCGAUUUUGUUGAGGGAUGGGGGAGACUGGGAUUGGUUCAUUAACUUGAGUGCUUCGGAUUAUCCCUUGGUGACCCAAGACGAUCUGCUUCAUACAUUGUCAGCUAUUCCAAGAAACCUUAAUUUUAUUGAGCAUACAAGUGACAUUGGCUGGAAGGAGUAUCAGAGAGCCAAGCCUGUUAUAAUUGAUCCAGGUUUGUAUAGCCUGCGUAAAUCAGAUGUAUUUUGGAUGUCAGAGCAAAGGCGUGUUCCAACUGCAUAUAGGCUAUUUACGGGUUCCGCUUGGAUGAUGCUCUCCCGGCCUUUUGUGGAGUUUUGUUUGUGGGGAUGGGACAACCUCCCGAGGGUAGUCCUUAUGUAUUAUGCCAACUUUCUUUCUUCACCUGAAGGGUAUUUUCAUACAGUUAUCUGCAAUGCCCCAGAGUUCCAGAAUACUACUGUAAACCAUGACCUCCACUUCAUAUCAUGGGACAAUCCUCCCAAACAACACCCACAUUUUCUCACAAACGAUGACUAUCAAAGGAUGGUAGAUAGCAAUGCCCCCUUUGCAAGGAAAUUUGGCAGGAAUGAGCCUGUUCUUGAGAAGAUUGAUUCAGAGCUUUUGGGUCGCUAUGUUGAUGGAUUUGUGCCUGGUGGAUGGUUUAAUCACCAAGGAAAUGUAAACAUGACUGUUCCACAUCAGAUCAUAGCAAACACCACUGAACUCAGGCCAGGUCCAGGUGCUGAAAGGCUCAAACGCCUCAUCAAUGGUUUGCUGUCAGCUGAGGAUUUGUAUGCAAAGCAAUGCGCUUGAUAACCAUACCUGUGCAGAAAGAUCCCAUCUUAAAUUAGUAACCAAUCGGAGUUCAUUCCUCCUCGGGUCACUUAAUAAUGGCCAACAGAAAGGAUAGCAAUGCUUUAGGAACCAAGUGGGGAAAGGAAAUAACUAUCUUUCCAGAAUACAUUAUCCAGCUUUACCUUCCAUAUCCAAUACAAUAUAUUUGUCGUUUAAUAGCCCCAAAUUGUAGUUUAACAUUUAAAUUUAUUUGCAUAUUAAUUAAAGUUAACAGAACAGUACUUUUUCAA